UCCGCUCACGGGCAAUGCGCGGCGGUUAUAAAAGCCGCCGCUCUCGGCGGAGCGCGCAUCAGUCGUUCGCUCGGUCGCGAUACGUGUUGGUGGUGUUUCAAGAGAGCGAUUGUACGAGAGACCCACGAAUCAACCGCGAGAGGAGAAUUGUGAUCGUGAGAAGAAACGUACGCAGAGCCGGAAGCAGAGCGUGAGAGGUGGUGGUGCCCAGGGCGCGACGACGUUGUUCGCGCGUCUCCGAGAUCGCGGUCGCAUGGCACUCGGCUCGCCAAGACGGCGGUGCGUUGGUACGCGCGUCGACACAGCGGCAUGAAAUAACACGACGAGCACGAGAGCUGGUCUCGACGAAGCGGCGGCGAAGACGACGACGUCCUGAUUCCAAGCGUCCGCGCUCAGUCCUCAGUGUAGGCUAGCCGGUCGCUCGGCGGUCGUUGUCCCGGCAUUUCCGGCACAUCGCGACGUAACAACACACGACCUUCUGCAGCGAAGCAGAAGUGCGAACGAACCACGCGCGCGCCCACGAACGAAUGUUUCACAACAUCGACGUAGAGCGUCGAGAUUGCUGAUGCGAUCGAGAACUCCUUUUCUCCAUUCACGCGUAAUCUAGAGCGAGGCUGUCUCUCUCUCUCUCGCAUGUCUUCGAACGCGUCGUCGUGAUAACAUCGUCUUCCACGAGGUGUGCGCGCUGUUUCGACGGCUGCUUUCGUUCGCGCCGAGAGGUUAUCCACGGCGGAGAGCCGGACGGUGUUCCGUCAGGCUGACGGGGAGGGGCGUCGCGCAUCAUCUCUCCAUCGACGAAGGACGAUCCUCGAGCCGGCGCUUCCACGACGCGCUUUGACGACGACGGAGGAUCGAGAGACGGGAUUUUGACAGGAACGAGAGAGCGACAACAAACAUGGCGGCGACGGUGGCGGACGCGUGCAUCGACUGUAACUGCACGGACGUGGUGGACAUUCUGCACGACGUCUACGAGGGAUUGGACGUUACCUGGCCGUGGAACGACUUCGACGGGCUCUUCGCUUAUCGACCGUGGGUGUUCUCGCUGUUGGGGAGCACGAUGGUCGGUCUCACCGGCAUCUUCCCCUUGUGGCUCAUCCCUAUACAAGACGGCGUGGAUCUAAAGACCGGCGAGAACGGCGGCACUUUGAGGAUCCUGCUCAGCUUCGCCGUGGGCGCUUUGUUGGGCGAUGUUUUUCUACACCUUUUGCCGGAAGCUUUCGAGAGCGAAUUUCAGAGACGAGCCGAAAACAGCCAGGCAUCUACACCGGCUGGUCUGUGGAUACUGUCCGCCUUUCUGUUCUUCGUUAUCUUCGAGAAGAUCAUUGCUGCCGUGAGUGAGGAAGCGCCGCUCAUUGCGGAGCAGCAGAGCGACGAAGCCUCGAGCCAGGACGCGAGCAUGGAGAAGGAGAUGGACAACAACAACUGUAUCACGCUGACGAACACCGAGGCCGCGAAGAACGGUUUCGCGAAGGAGUGCUUGCGAAACACCAGCGAGAUCUUCCUACGGAAGCAGCCGGACAAGAACGGAUUCGUCGUGCAAACACCGAACGGCGUCAAGGAUCCGCGGCGUAAGAACGGCUUUAACAAGGACGUGGACCUUGUGAGAUCGGCAUUAGCGAGCAAGUGUCCCAACGACAACGGGCCGUUGAUGGACGAGACGAAGAUCUGUUUGAAGAAACUGGCGAAGAGCAACGGCUUCGCGUCGACGAUAUUGCGGGCCGCCGACCAGCCCGUUACCUACCCGAUCCCAAAGAAUAACAACAUCGUUGACCGUUUGAUCGCCAAGGCGAACAAGCUCACGUACAGCUUGUCUCAUGCCAGGUUCUUCGAUCCUCAGUCCUUUCCCGGGUACCUCAACCUUCUCAUGAACUUUCUCGACAAUUUUACUCACGGCCUGUCUGUGGGUGGCUCGUUCCUCAUUUCCUUCCGCGUAGGUGUCCUCAGCACAUUCACUAUUUUGGUGCACGAAAUACCUCACGAAGUCGGGGACUUCGCCAUUCUGCUGCGAAGCGGAUUUAGCAGAUGGGACGCUGCGCGGGCGCAGUUGGUCACCGCUGGCGGUGGUGUCGUUGGUGCUUUAGCUGCCGUGUUCUUUUCCAGUGGUCUAGAGGAAAAAACCAAUUGGAUAUUGCCGUUAACUGCGGGAGGAUUCAUACACAUUGGUCUGGUAACCAUCUUGCCCGACUUGUUGAGAGAAACAAACCCGAUGGAGUCGUUGAAACAACUAUGCGCUCUACUUUUUGGGAUCGUCGUAAUGGCCGCGUUGAUGUUCGUUUAAUCGUUCUGAUCACAUCACUAAUGUGUUUGAUUACGUGCAAAAUUGAUUCCGUUAACUAAGAAGGUCCUAUUAUGUUAAUAUAUACAUAUAUUGAAUAUAAUUCCGCCGUUGCCGCCUCUACGUUUUAGCAUCAGAGAGAAAGAGAUAGUACUCCGAAGUUGCCAUAGAGUUAUAUAAUACUUGUUGCUCAAUUGUGGUAGGAUUUGAUCGAGAAGGCUAUACAGCAACGAGAAUCGACUGACCAAACUCAUGUAUGCAAUGUGUAAUUGUAUAUAUAUGUAUACAUAUAAUAUAUAUGUAAUAUUAAUAAAUUAUAUAUAUAAUUUAUUAGUAUGUGUAUAUUAUAUGUAUAUAUAUUGGACUUAGUCUAGGGUUUGUAGCGUUUUAUAUUGGAAAUAUUCUUCAGCACUGGAAUACCUUAUUUAUCUAAGUCUGAGAUUAUCUUUUUUCUAUAGUUUAUUCUGUUUGCCUGUAAUAUUUGAAUGAGAUUAAUUUGAGUUUGCAAGAGUACAAUUUACACCGCGACGAGAAACCGCGAUUUGGACGAUACAGCAGGCGACUGUUUCUCUUUUAAGCUCGAAACAAUAGUAGCAGCGAGACAAGAUUUGUUCCUUCGACGAAAACAAUAUAUACAUAUAUAAUUUGUACGUUAAAUUUAUCGUGGAACUAAUUAUACACAUGUUAUCGCGUUAAUAUUGACAAGAUAAUUCGGAAAAAUGCUGUUAUAAAUUUCGUAUAGUUUAUGCAUAAUAAACGCACACAUCUUCCGUCAUAGUCAGAGUGUCGAUACCUUCCAGCGCGAUAUUGACGGUCACCUGGUUAUUUUCGUUUGAAUAACCGGACCAAUGCGAUACCAAUUAAAAAUUUUAAAAAAGCCCCAAAACCAAUUUGACGUAUAACCAUCAAGUUGUGAAGAAA